AAUUUAAGUUGAAUGGACCUCGGGGAUCAUCUGGACCCACGGUACGCUUCACGCGUGUGAAUAUGGAAGAUUGUUUUGAUGGUAUGCUAGCGGUUGGCAUAAACGUAGAUAUCCAGAGAACCGAUGGUCGUGUGCAUUCUGCUAUUGUCAGUGGUAUCAAUGCCACCUCAAAAAGUGUCACAGUUGAGUGGUACGAAAAGGGUGAGGCGAAGGGGAAAGAGGCAUUCCUACCGGCGUCCAACAGUCAUUAUAUUUCUUGACCUAAAGGCAUCAUUCAACUCUGUCGAUCGAGAAGUUCUCUGGAGAUGCUUGGCUGUAAAGGGAAUUCCGAGAAAAUAUAUUGCACUGAUUAAGGCACUCUACUCGUACUCAUACAGCCAGGUCGAGUUUGAAGCUAUCUUUCAGUUGAAUCCUAAUUUAAAAUAUUCAGUCCCACUAGCAGAGCAUGUAUGUGGGACUGGAGAUACCAAUCGGAAUCCUCCUUCUUCACACCGUCCCUCGUCUACAAAUCAAACGAAUGAAAUCCUCCGCAAUGCAACACCUGUUACAAAUCCAUUACAGCCUUCCUCUGUUCCUGCUGCUUCUACUACUAACACUACUACUGCUACUACUACUACUACGGUUUCUUCUAAUAUACCGUCUAAAGUCAGUUGUACACAAGUAGAUUAUUCAUCGGCUAAUAGUAAUCAAUCCCGCUUAAUACCUCCGUCAACUCGUCUCACGGUAGCAUCCUCUCGUUUGCCUGUUAGUCAUACGGCUAAACGUUCUACAACAAUGGGAGCUUAUGAUGAUCGUACAACAACGCAUUCCUUUCGUCCUCAAGCAUCUGUGGAUACUACAGCCAAUAAUCAAGCGUAUAAUGAAGCAUUCCGUCAUAAUACUGCUGGACAUCAUCAACGCCCGAUGACUGGAGAACCAAUGGAUGAGGAUGUAGAGUCAUCUGAACCUGUUGUUCGUCCAACUGACCAAGAUAAUUAUCAUCAAUUCUCAUCAAAUAUACCUCGUGAAACAGAAAGUAGUAUACUGUUGGGUGAAUGGAUGGAUGAAGAAAAUGGUGAUGCAAGUGAAGAUAAUAUUGUACCAAUUAUAACUAAUGGAAAUCGUGUUGGUGGUGGUGAUAUAUCCCGUCGGCCAACUGGUCGUGCACCCUCCAAUAUAGGCAUAUCUAAUGUAAAUACCACACUGGCUGUAAACAAUACAAUAAUAAAUAGCACUAACAUCACUGCAGCAACAACAGCAGCUGGGGUAGCAUUAGCAGGUAGUAACGUUACUGGUGGAAGCGGAACUUUACGCAAGUCGAAUUGUGUUAAAGAAAUUGAACGUAUACAACAAAGACGCGAAGAACGACGUGCUGCACAAAAAGCAGUUCGUGAUCAAAUCGAUUUAGAUCCUAGUAAUCCAAGUUAUGAAUUUCAUAUGAUGAUUCAUGAAUAUAGAAAUACAUUGGAUUAUCGACCGUUAACAAAUACAGACCCGAUAGAAGAUCAUCAAAUAUGCGUUUGUGUACGGAAACGUCCUAUGAAUAAAAAAGAACUUGGUCGACGUGAAAUUGACGUGAUAACUGUCCCGAAUAAACAGCAUGUUCUUGUACAUGAACCAAAAACUAAAGUCGACUUAACUAAGUAUUUAGAAAAUCAACAAUUCCGUUUCGAUUAUGCAUUUGAUGAUACUUCAGAUAAUGAACUUGUUUAUCGAUAUACUGCUAAACCUUUAGUAGAAUGUAUAUUCCAACGUGGUAUGGCAACAUGUUUUGCUUAUGGUCAGACUGGUUCCGGUAAGACACACACUAUGGGUGGGGAAUUUCAUGCCCGCGGUCAACAGAAUUGUUCAAAUGGGAUUUAUGCAUUAGCAGCUGCUGAUGUUUUCAAUUUAAAUGCCACUGUGUAUAAACAUGAAAACCUUCGAAUUGAUGCCGCGUUUUUCGAAAUUUACAGUGGGAAGGUUUUCGAUCUGUUGAAUAAGAAGGCCAAGCUUCGUGUCCUCGAAGAUGCUAAAGGUCAAGUACAAAUAGUUGGUUUACGUGAAGAAGAAGUGAACUCGGUUGAUUGUGUUUUAAAACUAUUACAGCAUGGUGCACAUAUACGUACCAGCGGGCAGACAUCAGCUAAUCAACAUUCCAGUCGUUCACAUGCCGUUUUUCAACUUAUUUUAAAGAAACAAUCCACUGGAAAAAUCCAUGGUAAAUUUUCACUUAUUGAUUUAGCCGGUAAUGAACGCGGUGUGGAUACAAGUAGUUCAGACAGACAUACACGAAUGGAAGGUGCUGAAAUUAACAAGAGUCUUUUAGCCUUAAAAGAGUGUAUUCGUGCACUUGGUCGACGUGGUGCUCAUUUACCUUUUCGUGCAAGUAAAUUAACUCAGGUAUUACGUGAUUCAUUUAUUGGUGAUCGUUCACGAACCUGUAUGAUUGCAAUGAUAUCACCUGGUAUGUCGAGUUGUGAACAUACCCUAAAUACCUUACGAUAUGCAGAUAGAGUGAAAGAACUUGGCCCGGGUACACUAUCAGCAAGUAAUAGUAAUACUGAUCUCCCAGCUCCGGGUAAUAAUAAUCAAGCACAAUUGACAGCUCGUAGUUAUUCGUCAACUAGUGGAGUUGGAGGUGCAAGCACAACAACAACUAUUCAAGGAAAUUAUCGAAAUCUUGGAGGUGUUGGUGGUGGUGGUGCAUUGAUCAGUGUGACAGGAAAGAAUUCAUAUCCCAGUAAUGGAGCAAAUACUGGUGUUAGUAGUGGUUUAAUGAACUGGCAGAAUACUACUCUGACAAAUAAUCAUUCCAAUCUAUCUGCUGGCGGUGAUGAUGACCUGGCUAUGCUUCGAUCAGCUAAUGAAGGUGAAGUCCCCGAGGAAGUUUUUCAUUUUCAUGAAGUUAUUGAUCAUAUUGAACGUAUGGAAGAAGAGAUCUGUGAUGAUCAUAAAGCUGUUUGUGAUUCGAUGUCUGAUUGGACUAAAGAGCACUAUUCAUUGUAUAAAAUAUCAAAUCAAGUGGAAUUCGAUGUUGAAGACUAUAGUGCCCGUCUAGAAUAUUUACUCGGCAAACAAGUCAAGAUUUUAUCCUCAUUAAGAGAUAAAGUGACAUUAUGGCGCCGUGAUCUGCGUCAAGAAGAGGAGUUGAGCACUAACUUACAACGAAAUCAUAAAUUAUAAUGUAUCAUUUGUUAUGGAAACAGUUCAAAGAAAAUAUGCCCUUUCUUCUCUCUCUCUUUCGUCUCUCUAUAUAUACUCAUACAUAUAUAACCAAGUGUACAAUUCUCUCUCUGUAUGUCUUACUAUAACACUCAUGUUUGGCUAUCUAAGUGAAUGUAGAUUUAUGAGAUUGCAUGCGCAUAUCCAGCCCAAUUAUAUAUCUGUGUAUAUCGGCUUUCUACUAGUAUACUAUUAUUAUAUACAUUGAACAUUGCCUAUACAACAUAAAAACUGAACGAAAUGGAUGUUUAUCAAAUGCAAUUGAGUCAUCACACGUAUAUAUAUAUAUUAUGCAAUGAUUAUUAUUAUUACUGCUACUACUCUUAUUGUCAUUGUUUCGACAAAUUAAUCAAUCAGUCAAUCAAUAAAUGAAAUGAGUAGGCCUAAAGUUGAUGAGAAGACUUUCAAAUCGAUCGAUCGUUCGAUCGAUUAACCUUAACCCCCCUACACAUAUAUAUAUAUAUGUUGUAAAACAUAAUUUAAUGUUGUUAUCAUUACCACUGUUAUCGUUACUACACUGUCUAAUCGAGUAAUUACUUCGCUAUAAGGUAUCUGUCAACACAACAACCUUUUACAUGUAUGUAUUUUAUUCACAAAAGUGGUCACUUGCGAGCUGGAGGUUCGCUUGACUAGUAGUCGGCUUGAAAAACGAAGACUGUUGCGUGUAUGUGUGUGUGUGUGCGUACGUAUGAGUCUGUGUGUAUACGUCUGAGUUUAUUUUUCGUAUUUUUCACUACACGUGAAUGCUGUUUUGUGUGUGUGUGUGUGCGUAGGUGUGUAAGUGCGUUUCUUCACUAGGCGUUUUAUUUUGUUUAUUUCCUCACCACCACCCUCUUUCAGCUGCUUUUGUGUAGGCGUUAAUGUGGAGAAAAGAGUGCGUGGGAAGAUGGAGGGGGGCGAGAAAUAAUGGAGCUUCUUUUGAAAAUAAUGUGUAUUGUUCUCUUAUACGACUCGCUUGCUUUACACUUACCACCGACUUAUAAAAUCUUGUGUUUUCCACACACACGUGUGUGUUAGUUUGCUAUGCUGUUCUCUCCGGGUACUUAUUUUGUCCCCUUUUUUGUUUUUUUUUGUCUUCUCUCCGGUCCAUUUUGUUGUAUUUUCACUUAUUCUAUACCGUUUCUAUUGUUUGAUCGAUUGCGGUCUCAAUCUUCUUUUUCACAAAUUAAGGAUUGUUAUAUGGUACACAUGCGCAUGUACGCUCACACACGCACACACAAAGUUACAUACAGAAGUCCUCCUGCUUCGUCCAACUGUACACCGAUAGUCUAUCAAAUCGAAGGAUGAAAAGACUUCUUUUUUCCGUUUUUUCUUUUCUGUAUCUUUUUUUUUGAACAACAACUCACUUGACAGUGUGCGCAUGCAUGCAUUUUUGUGCAUUCAAAGAUGUUUUUGAAUGUGUGCGUGCGUGAUUUUGUUUUCCUCUUUUUUUGUGUUUCGUCGCCUUUUUACGCAUAUCUGCCUCUCUGUCUGUGUGUGUGUUGUGUGAGUGUGAGUGCGUGCGUUACUAGGUAUAAAAUAAUAAAAAUCGGAGUUUUCUUAUACAUGGCUUGCUUCUCCAUUUAUUUUGCUGUGACAGUAGCACAGCAUAGCACAUAUAUAGUUCACGGUUUAGUUUCGUUUGGUUUCGUUGUCCUCUCCCCCUUGCUGACUGUUUCUCUGUCUGUCUAUGUGUCUCCUUUCCAGCGUGGGACUUUGCGCUCUACUAUUACUGUUUGUUUGUGCCUCUACCAAUAAUUUUUUUUAUAUAUUUUUGGUUUGCGAAUUACUUUUUUGGGGUUGUGGUGUUGGGAAGGCGAGAUGGGGGGACGCGCGGAGAUAUGUGAGUGAUUAUUGUGUUGUUGUGUAAAGCACAAAUGUAUGAGACCACCAGACGAUGUUUCUCCAGCUCUCUCUCUCUUCCUUUGCUAUAGCGGCCUUUUGCUUCAAUGUUCAACGUUACUAUUGUUGUUGUUUAUUUAGAUAUAAAAUGGUGUGUUUCUUUUUUUUUUCUUGCCCCCCACUCUUAUUUAUACCAACCUAUGCACACACACACACACUACUCACGCAUUCACAGACAUCAAAGACAACUUUUACAUGAAAGGAGGAAAAACAAACAAAGUAAAGAAAAUGUAUUCUGUUAAUGAUGU